GCUCACUUCCAGCUGUUGUACAGUGGACUGGGGGCGUGUUUGUUGUUACUCUCACUUGCUCUGUCCACCACCAUCAACCUUUAUCACGGGAUAAGCUCGAUCUUUUGAGUAAAACUUUGUAUCCAGUCUACCUCUCACCAUGGCGCUUCAAGCUAGAGCUGUCCUCACCUCUAAAUGGCUCUCAGAGGCCAUGAAGGCUCAGGGGAAAAUGCGCAUCUUGGACACCUCUUGGUAUUUGCCAAAGCUGCGACGAAACGCCAAAAGCGAGUUCAAAAAGAAACAUAUUCCUGGCGCGGCUUUCUUCAACAUUGACCAGUGCUGUGAUAAAACCUCUCCCCUGGACCACAUGCUGCCAUCAGAGGAGUUUUUUGCAGAUUACGUUGGGAAUUUAGGAAUCGAAAAUGACACGCACGUCGUGGUGUAUGACGCCAGUGAGUUUGGUGCGUUCUCCGCGCCUCGUGUCUGGUGGAUGUUCCGAGUGUUCGGGCACAGGUCCGUGUCUAUGCUUAACGGGGGACUGAGAAACUGGGAGCUAGAGGGUCGACCUGUGAGUGACCAGUAUGUGAAACCAGCACCAGCCGAGUUUAAAGCUUCCCUGAACCGCCCCUGGAUCAAGACCUAUGAUGAUAUGCUGGAUAACCUGGACACCAAGGAGUUCCAGGUGGUGGACGCCAGGCCUGCAGGCAGGUUCAAAGGACUGGACCCUGAACCCAGAGACAACACAGAGCCCGGCCACAUCCCCCGCUCCAUCAGCGUCCCCUUCCACUCCUUCCUGUCCCCGUCGGGUCACUUCCUACCAAAGGAGCAGCUCCAGGCUCUGUUUGCCCAGGCGGGCGUGGACCUCAGCCGUCCAAUCUGUGUCCUGUGCGGCUCAGCUGUGACCGCGUGUCAUGUGGCGCUGGCAGCCCAUGAGUGCGGGCACCCGGGGGUGUCGGUGUACGACGGAGGGUGGUCUGAAUGGUACACCCGCGCCGUGCCUGAACAUGUUAUAUCUGAAGGACGAGGGAAACACUUGUGAUCGGUUCAGGAUGGCAGGAGGUGAAUGGAUUCAAGCUGGUACAAGGAAAUGCUAGAUUUUUUUGUGUGUCCAGUGUUUUGAAGGAAAGGUUUGACAUCUUGGGAAGUUCUUUUUUUUCCUUCAUGUCAAAAGUAAAAUGAAGAGAUGAA